GAGAAAGCUCUGCUUUUAAAACGCCCAGGAAAGAACCCGCAACUACCCAUACUAUCUAUUCCUUCAAUUUGCUCGACCACGGUGACGCCGACUUGAGGAAUGCUCAAGUUUACAAGAGAUCUUUGACAGCUGCGUAUUAAUUCAACCUUCCGUAGGCUUCUUUCCCUUCGGAGCAGGAACAGUUUUUUGGAGUGUGUUUUUGAGAUGCGGUUUGGAUAGGAUCAGCGAUAAAUAGAAGCCUAUUUCCACGUUUGCACGCUUGCAUGCCAUUAAAAGCAAGAUAACUGGGUGGAUGCUGUGCUUACAGUAAUGUAGUCAGGUGUCUGGAUCAAUUCGCCUACUGUGUAGACAUCUUAUCAUUGGAUUGCACAUCAGCACCAGUCAAACAUUUUAUUCCUCCUCCGACCUUACUGGUGCCUGUAGUCAGGGUGGAAACAUGGGGUUGCCCGCCCUGGAGUUCAGUGACUGUUACCUGGACAGUCCCCAGUUCCGAGAGAGAUUAAAGUCGCACGAACUGGAAUUGGACAAGACGAACAAGUUCAUAAAGGAGCUGAUCAAAGAUGGGAAGGCACUCAUCCAAGCACUGAAAAAUCUCUCCACCGCCAAGAGGAAGUUCGCCGAGUCACUCGACGAGUUCAAGUUCCAGUGCAUCGGGGACGCCGAGACGGACGACGAGAUCUGCAUCGCCAAGUCUCUGCAGGAGUUUGCGGGAGUCCUACAGAACCUGGAGGACGAGAGAACACGGAUGAUCGAGAACGCCAACGAUGUCCUGAUCACGCCGUUGGAGAGAUUCCGGAAGGAGCAGAUCAGCGCCGCCAAGGAAGCCAGGAAGAAGUACGACAAGGAGACAGAGAAAUACUGUGCAGUCAUGGAGAAGCACCUCAGCCUAUCCGCCAAGAAGAAAGAGUCUCACCUCCAUGAAGCAGACAGUCAGGUGGACCACGUACGGCAGCAUUUCUACGAGGUCUCUCUGGAGUAUGUGUUCAAGGUGCAGGAGGUCCAGGAGAGGAAAAUGUUUGAGUUUGUGGAGCCGUUGCUGGCUUUCCUCCAAGGACUCUUCACCUACUACCACCACGGCUAUGAGCUGGCCAAAGACUUCAACCACUUCAAAACAGACCUCACCAUCAGUAUUCAGAACACACGGAACCGCUUUGAGAGCACGCGGUCGGAGGUGGAGGGCCUGAUGACCAAGAUGAAGGAGAACCCUCAUGAGCACAAGAACAUCAGCCCCCACACCAUGGAGGGAUACCUGUUCGUACAGGAGAAACGCUCGUUCGUGUCAGCCUGGGUCAAAUACUACUGCACCUACCACCGCGAGCCCAAGCGAGUCACCAUGGUGCUGUUCGACCAGAAGUCUGGAGGGAAAGUGGGAGAGGAGGACAGCUUCACUCUGAAGUCCUGCACGCGCAGGAAGACAGACUCCAUAGAGAAGAGGUUCUGCUUUGAUGUGGAGGCAGUAGACAGGCCCGGCGUCGUCACCAUGCAGGCUCUGUCAGAGGAAGAUCGCAGGCUCUGGAUGGAGGCCAUGGAUGGGAGAGAGCCGGUCUACAACUUAAACAGAGACAGCCAGACAGAGAGCUUGGCCCAGCUGGACGUGAUAGGUUUUAACGUGGUCAAGAAGUUUAUCUAUGCGGUAGAGACCAGAGGUAUCAAUGAGCAGGGGCUGUACCGGAUAGUAGGCGUGAGCUCCAGGGUCCAGAAACUUCUGAGCCUAGCCAUGGAUCCCAAGACGUGCGCCGACGUGGAACUGGACGGCACGGAGUGGGAGAUCAAGACCAUCACCAGCGCCAUCAAGCACUACCUCAGGGUUCUUCCUGCUCCGCUAAUGACCUACCAGUAUCAACGCAGCUUCAUCAAAGCAGCCAAGCUGGACAAUCCCGAGGCCAGAGUGACGGAGAUCCACAGCAUUGUCCACCGUCUUCCCGAGAAGAACCGUCAGAUGCUGGAGCUGCUCGCCCAACACUUGGCAAACGUGGCCAGCCAUCACCCACAGAACCUCAUGACGGUGGCCAACCUGGGCGUGGUCUUCGGCCCCACCCUGCUCCGCCCCCAGGAGGAGACAGUGGCGGCCAUCAUGGACAUCAAGUUCCAGAACAUCGUGGUGGAGAUCCUCAUCGAGAACCACGAGAGGAUCUUCAGGGACACGCCCGGCGUCGGAGGCGGGCAGGCCCCCCAGCAGGUCGACCCGACCCGGAGACGCAGCGGCGAGAGCAAGGCCCCGUCCUGCAGCGAGAGACCGCUCACUCUCUUCCACACGCCCACGCACUCCAAGAAAGUAGAGAAGAGAAACAGCGUGGGGGUGAACUCGGUCUCCGAGCCCCCGGCCCCGAGCCAGGGCAGCCAGUCCUCCUUGUCGGUCCACUGCAACAACAGCAGCGGCGGCAGCAACAGCAGCCAGAGCCGGACGCCCCGAAACAGCCUGACGAGCAACGACGGAGACCCCGAAACCAGGCCCAGCCAGAACAGGCCCAACUCCCUGUUGAAUCCAAAGAGCCGCCCUGCUAUCCCUACAAGAUCGACCUGCCCCAGCCCCCCCUCACCACGCUCACCCUCAUGGCCGAUGUUCUCCGCACCCUCCAGCCCCCAGCCGACCUCAUCCGCCUCCAGCGAAUCCUCCCCAGUCAGUGGCCCAGGCAGAAAGGCCAGAGCACUGUACGCUUGUAAGGCUGAGCACGACUCGGAGCUAUCCUUCAUCGCAGGAACCAUCUUUGAAAAUGUUCACCCCUCGAGGGAACCCGGCUGGCUGGAAGGCACACUGGACGGUAGGACUGGACUGAUACCAGAGAACUAUGUGGAGUUUGUAUGACCCAGGACCUGGUCUGGAGGCCUGGACAGACCCUGGAGCUGCACUGGAAGAAAAAAAUAUCACUUAUUAUUGUUUGAUCUGAAAAGGCUGUUUGUGGUCAUGAACCUGGAAUGCGUGGGGUUGAGUGUGUGCGUGCGUGCGUAUCAAGGGACAGUUUGAAAUCUUCUGACGUUGCCAUGAAGUCUUGUAUAUCUUUUAGUCUUUGCUUUUAUUCAAAUUCACUGCCACUGCUUUGAGUGUCUUAAAUUGACAGGUACAGAAUCAACUGAACUUGUGUAAGAUGUUCUGGUUUGUAAAAAAAAGAAGAAAAGAUUACGUUCAAAAGUGACUGGCCUUAAUAUCUGUAGGUAGCAGCCCUUUGCUUGUCCUGCAGUGUACUGUAGGUAUGAAGUUGGUGGUGUGGGGACACUUUUGUAACUGAAUGACAGUUUUCCAAUGUGUGUCUAUAAAUGUGAGUUUUCGCUCUCUUAGCAACAUUAGCCUGCUAUUUCAUUUAGCGCUUUUGGCAUUUGGUUAGACAGGACAGGGCCUGAGCCAGUAGGAAGAUUGUCCCUAAUGCUGAUCUUAUUUAAUUUUCCUAUUGAAUGGUGACAUUUAGAAUUAAAGAUAAGGUAACCCAUCAAAAGUAAGAACUUUCAUUUUGGGAACGAUUUUAGUCCCUUUGUUAUAGCUGACUUGUCUUGAGGCCCAUAACUACUUGGUCUCAUCUAUCCUGGAAAUAUCUUACCCAAACUUGGUUCACUUUGAACAAGUAUUUAACAGAACUUUUAGCAUAGUUUUGUUAAGGUAUAGGGAAGAAUGUAAAAAAAAAAUGUUUUAAUGUGAAACUAGACUACUUUGUUCAUAUGUAUUUUAUUUAUAAUACUUAAAAAUGUGAUCAUGAACUGAAUUGUUUUGGGUGUAUUAACAAUGUAAAUAUGAUGUUUGAUAAGGUAUAAUUUUUCAAGUCUAAAAUUUUAUAUUUUGUAUUUCUAGUGUACUAACUUAAUUUUUUAGCAUCUCAGUUGCUCAUUUUGUAUGUAUCUUUAUUGAGCCUUAAAAUUCUUUCAGAUCAAAUGAAUCAUGAACAAAGUUGUAAAGAAUAUCACCUAUUAAAGAAAUAUCAAAGUUGAACUAG